AUGGGUGUUUUGCCAUUUUUGAUUUAUAAUUUAACACGUUCUGUGUCAAAAGUAUCUAAUAAAUCAGUUCAUCGAUUACCAACAACUAUUAAUCCAUCACACUAUCGUUUAUAUAUUGAUGCUAGUCAACUUGAAGAAUAUAUUUUUCAAGGAACUGUAGAUAUUGAUAUUCAAAUUAACGAAAUUGUGAAUGAAAUUAUAUUAAAUAGUAUGAAUUUAAAUAUAACAAAAAUUGAAUUUCAACAUUAUGAUUUCAAUUUUACUCUUAAUGGAUCAGUUGAAUAUAAUGAAAAUUAUGAACAAGUAAUAAUGAAAUUUAAUCAACAAUUAAAUCCUGGAAAUGGUCGUUUAUAUUUAUCAUUCCGUGGUAAAAUAAAUGAUCAACUUAAUGGAUUUUAUCGAACUAAAGCUCGUAACCGUAUAGGUGCAAGUACACAAUUUGAACCUGGAUAUGCUCGUCAAGCUUUUCCUUGUUUUGAUGAACCAUCAUUUAAAGCUAAUUUUACAAUAACUAUUCGAGCUCCUAAAAAUUUAACAACAUUGAGUAAUAUGCCACUUAAAUCAAAAUAUGAUGAUGGAAAUGAUACAUGUGUUCAUGAAUUUGAUUCAUCACCGGUAAUGUCGACAUAUCUAGUUGCUUACGUUAUUGGUCACUAUGAUUAUGAUGAAACACGUGAUUCUAAUGAUGUACUUAUUCGUGUUUAUACACCAAUUGGAAGACAAGAACAAGGAUUAUUUGCUUUAAACACUGCUGCUAAAAUGCUUCCAUUUUUUGCGAACUAUUUCGGUAUCAAAUAUCCGUUAAAAAAACUCGAUAUGAUUGCCAUUGCUGAUUUUGGUUCCGGCGCAAUGGAGAAUUGGGGCCUAGCAACUUUUCGUGAAACAUAUUUACUUGUUGAUCCUUAUACAUCGACACAAAAAACUAAACAAGAUGUUGCACUUGUUGUUGCUCAUGAAUUAGCACAUCAAUGGUUUGGCAAUUUAGUGACAAUGAAAUGGUGGAAUGAUUUAUGGCUUAAUGAAGAUAAUUUUGCAUCAUGGAUUGAAUUUCUUGCUGUUGAUAAUGUUUAUCCAGAAUAUGAUAUUUGGACCCAAUUUGUAUCAGAUACAUUAGCUACAUGUAUGAUUCCUGAUGCAUUACAUAAUAGUCAUCCAAUUGAAAUGCCUAUUCAAAAACCAACUGAAAUUGAUGAAAUAUUUGAUGAAAUUACUUAUGGAAAAGGUUCAAGUGUUAUUCGAUUACUUCAUGCAUAUGUUGGUAGUGAAGCAUUUCGUAUUGGCCUUUCAAAUUAUCUUGCUGAAUAUGCAUAUAAAAAUACUGUGACAGAUAAUCUUUGGUCACAUUUAUCUAAAGCAUCAAAUCAAUCACAUUUAUCAGAUAUACUAACAACAUGGACAAAACAAAUGGGUUAUCCUCUUCUUACAGUAGAACAAAAACAAGAAGGAAAUAAUCGAUUAAUAACAAUUGAGCAAAUACGAUUUCUAGCUGAUGGAACAAAAGAUGAUAGUUUAAGAUGGAAAAUACCAAUAAAUAUUUGUACGAAAUCACAUCCAAAUGAAACAGUUUAUCAAUUAUUUUUAAAUGGAGUAAAAAGACAAGAAUUUUUAUUAGAAAAUAUACCUGAAACAGAUUGGAUUAAAUUAAAUUUAUUUAGUGUUGGUAUAUAUCGUGUUCAUUAUCCUCAAUCGAUGCUGGAAGCAUUAACACCCGGUAUUCGGCAUCAUACACUUUCACCUCAAGAUCGUUUUAAUAUUCAAGCAGAUGUAUAUGCAAUAGCACGUGCUGGUCAUAUCGAUUAUGUUGCCUAUUUAAAAUUACUUCGUUAUGCAUAUAAAGAUGAAGAAAAUUUAACUGUUUGGAAAUCUAUAUUACGACAAUUAAGUGAACUUAGUUCAAUAUUUGAUUAUGCUCAUUUACAUAAUACAAAAAAACUUUAUCAAGCAUAUGUAUGUGAUCUUUUAUCAAAUAUACAAGCUAAAUUAACAUGGGAUCCAUUACCAAAUGAAAGUUCACAAACAAUAAUGCUUCGUAAUUUAAUACUAACACAAAUGGGUGUUAAUAGAGAUAAUAAAACGUAUGAUGAAGCACAUAGACGCUUUGAAAAAAUUUUUAUUGAAAAUAAUCAAAGAAAUCCAAUUGACCCAAAUAUUCGUGCUGCAGUUUAUUUAACUGUAGCUAAAACAGGAAAUCAACAAAUAUUUGAUCAACUUAAAUCGCUUUAUCUUAAAGCUGAUACACAAGAAGAACGUUUAAUUUUAUUAAAUGCACUUUCUCAUUUUGAUAAUGAAUCUCUUCAAGAUCAAGCACUUCAAUUAAUAUGGAAUACGACUCUAGUUCGAAAACAAGAUCAUUUAAGUGCUUUUUCUUCAUUAGCAUCACAUAAUCGUCGAGGUUGUGAAAUAUGCUGGACAUAUUUGAAACAAAACUGGAAAAAAAUUGAACAAAGUUAUGGUCAACAUGAUUCACAUUUAAUUCAUUUUAUUGAAAGUAUAUCCGGAUUAUUUGCCAGUAUAGAACGAAUGGAUGAAGUUCGAAAAUUUUACGUUGAUUAUCCAAAUCCACUUUUGGAUAGAUCAAUAAAAAAAGUACUUGAACAAAUCAAUAUUCGACGUCUUGUACUUGAACGUCAUGAACAUAGUAUUAACGAAUUUCUUAGUAAUCACGAUGACAAUUUUUCACGAUUGUGA